AUGGGGAAACUCGCCCUUUAUCGCAGGUUUAUUGAUGACAUCCUUAUUAUUUGGAAGGGUGGUUGGGAUGAAGUAGAAGAUUUUAUGGCACAUAUUAAUGACAAGCAAUGGGGUCUUUCUUUCACCUAUAAGAAACACAAAUCCAUCAUAGAGUUCUUGGAUCUUACCCUUAUUGGAACUACAAGUUUGAUUGUCACCAAAACUUUUCAAAAAAGUGUGGAUGUCAAUGGUUUUCUACAUGCCAUGAGUGGGCACCAUCCCACAUGGAUUCAAAAUAUACCUUUGGGACAAUUUACCAGGAUCAGGCGUAACUGCUCCUAUGUGAGUGAUUACGAGAGAGAGUCACUGGUUUUGUCCCGAUGUUUUGUAGAGAAAUCUUAUCCAUUGAACAAUAUUUUACAAGCCUAUUUAAAGGGCCAUAAUUAUGGUAUGGUAUCAUGUUCUGGUGUUCAGAAUGGGAUGGUGUCUGGGGUAAAUCCUCCUCUACCAUUCCUAUGUCCAGAACAAGAUCAUAUAAAAGAACAUUUUAAGAUCCUUGAACUUUUGAAUUCUAGUACUUUUUCAAAUAAAGCUAAAAGAGCAAAAUUUAACAUCAGCACCAAAGAGGUUGGUACAGGGAUAACACCUAUAUUCUCUACCACCUUCAAUAAGGGCUAUGAUGAUAUUAUUGAAAUACUCAACAAACAUUGGCCUAUAUUGAUUAAAGAUCCGUGGUUGUCUUUCUGCGUGUCUGGGACCCCAAGGGUCACUUUUAGAAGGGCACCAAAUUUGAAGAAUAUUCUAGUCCCUUCGAAAUUACGUAGUCAAACUAUACUUCAUCAGACAACUGCUGUCAGUAUUUUGGCCAAUAAACGUUGUGGUCAUACCAAGUGUCUUACUUGUGGUUUUAUUUGCCCUCAUAUCUCUACCUUCAGUCCAUUUGAUAGUACGGAGAUCUUUUCUAUACAAUCUUUGAUCUCUUGUAACACUUCUUUUGUGGUAUACCUCCUUAUUUGCCCUUGUGAACGGCAUUAUGUUUGCCAAACCAUUAGAUCUUUGAAAUGUAGAUUUCGGGAACACAGAACAGCUAUUAUACGUAAUGAUGGUAAAUCCUCGGUGGCCCGACAUUUUUCUAUCUUUCAUGAGAGUAAUCCUGUUGGUAUCAAGUUAGUGGGAAUAGUACAUAUUCCCCCCCAUCAGGAUGAAGCUAAACGGAGAAGGGAGCUCACUAAGGCUGAGUCCAUGUGGAUUUUUAAGCUCAACUCUAUGACUUCUAAUGGUCUCAAUGAGGAGUUGGAGUUGUUCUGA